AUGCAAGACAAUCAGACCAUGUUAGUCACCUUCAUCCUCCUGGGCUUCUCCGAGUACCCUGACCUCCAGGUGCCCCUGUUCCUGGUAUUCCUGGCCGUCUACACCAUCACCGUGCUGGGGAACCUAGGCAUGAUCCUGAUCAUCAGGGUCAGCCCCAAGCUCCACACCCCCAUGUACUUCUUCCUCAGUCACUUGUCCUUUGUUGACUUCUGCUACUCCAGCGUGGUUACCCCGAAGCUACUAGAAAACCUGAUUGUGGAAGACAGAACCAUCUCCUUCACAGCAUGUGUCACACAGUUCUUCUUUGCGUGUGUGUUUGUGGUCACAGAAACAUUCAUGUUGGCCACGAUGGCCUACGACCGAUUCGUGGCAGUGUGCCAGCCUCUCCUCUACACAGUUGUGAUGUCCCCAAAGCUCUGCUCCGUGUUAGUGGGUACCUCCUACUCAUGGGGGCUAAUAUGUUCCGUGACCCUUACUUCCUUCCUACUGAAAUUGUCCUUCCGGGGAAAUAACGUCAUCAAUAACUUUGUGUGUGAGCAUGCUGCCAUUGUUGCUCUGUCCUGCUCUGACCCCUACAUUAACCAACAGCUCAUUUUUUUUUCUGCCACAUUCAAUGAAAUCAGCAGCCUGGCGAUCAUUCUCACCUCCUAUGCUUUCAUUUUCAUCACCAUCACAAAGAUGCCUUCACCCGGGGGUCGUAGUAAAACCUUCUCCACGUGUGCCUCCCACCUGACGGCCAUCACCAUCUUCCACGGGACCAUCCUGUUCCUCUACUGUGCCCCCACCACCAAAAGCUCAUGGCUCUUGGUCAAAGUGGCCUCUGUCUUCUAUACGGUGGUCAUCCCCAUGUUGAACCCCCUGAUCUACAGCCUCAGGAACAAAGAUGUCAAAGAGACAGUCAGGAAAUUAGUAGGGUCCAAAUUAUUAUGUCAACUCUUAUAA